AUGGAAGGGCUGGCCAUGCUGAGACAGCUCAUCGGUCAGCUUCAGGAGCUCGUCGGCUCUCACCCGCCUCCUCCUCAUUACCAUCACCAUCUUCAACUUCAGUUUCAACCUCCUCUGCUCCGCCAUCAUCACUCUCAGCAACAACCGCAGGACCACCACCACCACCUCAGGUGGUGCCCAAUUAACGUUGAUGAAGGUGCUGCAGAUGAUUACUACAGUCUUAUGAUGGCAGCUGGAAAAUCUAGAAGUUUUAAGAUGUUGGAACCGUGCAAGCCUCCUCCUACCAAGAGAUCUCGUAAGGAGCAAACCCGGGGUAAAUCAUCUGGAACUACCAAUACCACUGAGCCUAUGGAACAGCAUAUUUGGAAAGAUUUCCCGGAAGACCUUUAUGAAGCCGUCAUUGCUAGGCUUCCCAUUGCUACAUUUUUUCGAUUUCGUACUGUGUGCAGGAAAUGGAAUUCCUUGCUGGAUUCUGAAACUUUCUCUCAACAUUGUGCGGAGGUCCCACAAGCUACUCCAUGGUUUUACACCAUCACUCAUGAAAACGUGAAUUCUGGAGCCAUGUAUGACCCUUCCUUGAAGAAGUGGCACCAUCCCACCAUUUUUUCUCUGCCAACAAAGUUAAUUGUUUUACCGGUGGCUUCAGCAGGGGGACUGGUGUGUUUUCUUGAUAUCGGUAAUAGGAACUUCUAUGUUUGCAACCCUCUGAAUCAAUCUUUUAAAGAGUUGCCGGCCAGGUCAGUUAAGGUCUGGUCUCGCAUUGCUGUGGGGAUGACCCUGAAUAGGAGUUCAGCCAGUGGCGGCUACAAGAUCCUUUGGGUGGUUUGUGAUGGCGAGUAUGAAGUUUAUGAUUCAGUGACGAAUUCCUGGACCCGUCCAGGAAUCAUGCCAUCAGGUGUUAAGCUGCCACUAUCACUGAAUUUCCGGUCGCAGGCUGUUUCAAUCGAUGGCACACUCUACUUCAUGCGUUCAGACCCUGAAGGGAUUGUGUCAUAUGAUAUGGCCACUGGGAUUUGGAAGCAGUUUAUAAUUCCCACCCCGCUGCAUCUGACUGACCACACACUUGCUGAAUGUGGAGGUCGGAUCAUGCUCGUGGGAUUGUUAUCAAAGAAUGCUGUCACAUGCGUUUGCAUUUGGGAGCUUCAGAAAAUGACACUUCUAUGGAAGGAGGUUGACAGAAUGCCAAAUAUAUGGUGCUUGGAGUUUUACGGAAAGCACGUGAGGAUGACUUGCCUGGGUAACAAAGGCUUGCUCAUGCUGUCCUUGAGGUCGAGACAAAUGAACCGGUUGGUUACAUAUAACGUGUCGAGCAGGGAAUGGCUGAAGGUCCCUGGUUGCGUGGUGCCACAUGGGAAGAAGCGGCAAUGGAUUGCAUGUGGCACUGCAUUUUAUCCAAGCCUGACUGCUGUUGCUUGAAUCAGGUUUCUGUUUCUGGUGGGCUUCAGCAUGGCCAGAAUGGAAGUUUUCCUCAACCAUCGGUUCGGCAUGGUUGGUUGCAAGCUUUCCCGGCCAAUUUGUUUUAGACAAUUUUCGUUGCUUGUUUUAUGGAGUGGACAAUUCCAUCGGUUGUAUGACGGCCGGAGUUUUACUCUUUUGUGUACGAACUUGACAUACUGCUUUGAAUCCAGAAGGCAGGUUUGAAUCCUAUUUUUCAGUCACCUGGAUGAAUGUACUCAUAUCCGUUUUGUACUCAAAUAAACCGUCCGUCUACCAUUA